UGACUUUUACAAUUUAACUAAACAAUGAGUUGGUCAGCCAUGAAAAUAUUGCAUGGACGAAAUAAAUCAAAUAGGUGUUAUAGAUAUUUUUAAUCAUACCAUAAAGCGAUACCUGGCAUCAUUUUCGAGCUAACAGUGUUUAUUUUUCACAAGAUGCAAGAUAAUAUUUACACUGACAAUAGAAUUUAUUCCACCAUAUAUUAGCAACAGAAGAAAAAAUCUCUUACGCUUAUAAGCACUAUAUCAAAACGUAAAGUUGCAUAAUUCAAGAACUUGCCAAAACAAUAAAAAAUAAAUAAUACAUGACCUCCACCAAGGACUGCCAGCUCUUAUCGGUUUGGUAAUUAACCCUUUAAUCUAGUGUUAACCUAACCUACCCGACUUGUCAGUAUCCAGGCAUAAGCACAUACUUACCUGCUAACAUAUGUAAAUUCACCGAUGAAAAUUAAACACAGACAAAUCUGAUAAGGAUCAGCCAUAGCUGAAAUUAACUCGUGAGUUUGGCACCUUGUUAACUACUGCGAGUUUUCUUCAGUCAUACUUGACAGCCAGCUGCUGCCUGCCAGGCCCAGUAGUAGCCUAGCUCUCCAAAUAACAGUAUACAAUGUCUCCACUUCGUCUUCUGGUGUUCCUGGGGUCAACCCGUGACGGUCGGCUUGGCGAGAACGUCGCAAAGAGCGUUGUCAACAGCCUGAAGCAGAGGAAUCACGAUGUUGAGUUGAUAGAUCCGCUAACAUUAGGUUCCAAUGGCCAUGUCAGCCAACCUCUGCACUUUUACAAGGAUCAGAGUCAAGCCCCAGAAUGGAUGAUCAAGACAAAUGCCAAGAUUCAGGCAGCCAAUGGCUUGAUCAUUGUCACCCCAGAGUACAACUGUAUGUUGCCACCUGGUCUUACUUCCAUGAUGGAUCAGUUCCCACCAGCCUCCUACAGAUACAAGCCUUGUGGUAUCGUCUGCUACUCCAUGGGUCCAUUUGGUGGAUUACGAGCAGCUGCUGUUUCGCCCCUUCCUGAGUGAACUUGGACUGGUGACCACACCUCAAGUCUGUGUCAUACCUCAUGUACAAGGGAAGUUCAAUGAUGAAGGAGAAUGCCAAGACGAGAGAGUUAAGAAAAACAUGGAGAAAGUCAUAGAUGAGAUACAGUGGUAUGGGUCAGCCAUCAUGGACAAGAUCAAGGCUGAUGGCCUCCCUUCCUAAAGCAAAAGUUACCUUUGAUAUAACACAGUAUAACAUUUAAACCCAGAUUGCUACAUACUAAAGAGUCACAAUGCUUUUAAACAGUAUUUAUAUGAGUUACUGCAAUUUUCAGUAGAUUCUCUAACCGUACUAAAUGAUGGAACCAUAAUUUUGACUGAGUGAGAUUAAGCAAACAUUGGGGUGCUAGAACAGGCAAGUGAAGUACUGUAUUAUUUAUACUGUAUACUAAAGAUGAUUAAUGGUGAUUCAUGCAUUUCAUUGGUAAGUUUUGUUGGUAAAUCAAAUACAGUAGCCACUUCUAAUAUCUACUAGUCAAUGAACAAGCAAAUAACAGUGUUCAAUAUGCCUGAUCAUAGCCAUCUAUAAGUCUUUUAAAUACUGUACAACCCUUACAGCUCUGUUGUAUUAUGGUACUAUAGUAACUUUAUAAAACAUAUAGUAAAGACUAAAACGUCUACUUGAUUAAAAUGAACUUAAUGCCAUUAAUUUCACGCAAGAUUUUUCUUAGAUGAGUAGAUAAUGUAUGAUAAGGCAGUACAGUAUAAAUUAAUUGAUCAGUUUUAUUCCGUAUUUCCAUGUUAAUCAAGCUAGUGGUAGCGAAUCUAACUAAUGGGCUGCAACAUGUGUAACCGUAGGACAUAAACUUCUUUCCAGAUUAGGGGGUAUUACUAAAACUUUCUUGGUUGAUAUUAGUAGGUAUUUAGGCUAUUUUUUCUAUAUCCUUCCCAAAUGUAGAAGGGCAUAUUGUACUGUGUUAUUUCCUUCUGCCCCUCAGUACUGUACAUGCACUUUUCUCAAACACUGGAUCUGUCACUGUCUCACUAAAACAGCCAUGAAACUAUGCUUCCAUGUGCUCCUUAAGGAUUUCUAUAGUAUCACCUCGACAAAGAUCUGUUUGACUUAGUUUGACACUUGUUGACCUUGAAUUCUCCAUUUAUCUUAAAAAAAAAUAUUAAUUUUAGGUGAUUAACCUUUGCACUCAAUUUGCAAAGCAGGACAUCUUUGUUUUAUAAACAUGUUUGAAAGACUCCGUUCCUAGUUUCUUUCAAUACUGUUUAUACAUACAGUAUAAAUGUAUCUGUAUUGUAUAUGUAUGUAAGUUUCGGUAAGUUUUUUAAUUUUGGUGUUUAAUGAUUCUGAAAUAGAAAGUUGUUGUUGAAGAAUAUAUUGCCCAAUUGUAUGUUUCUUUUAGGUUUUGUAUUUACUGUACUGUAUUGCAGACCUGAAUUUAUCCGUAAUUUUCAUCAAUACAAUUUAAUGGCAUUCAACAAUUACAGUACGUGUAUUGUAUUUUAGUUUAUAACCUCUGGUGUUUUGGGAUGAAGUACUGCAUGUGGGUGUUUUUAUUGCACACUGUAUUCAUUAUUAUUGUUCGGUUACCUGCAUAUUCAUUUUUUUUUUGUAAUAAAUUAUGAAACUGA